AUGCCUUCCGACCUUGAGACUCGAUACCAGCGUGCCCUGGCAACCAUAUCCGACCAAAAAGAGCCUAAUAUAAAGGAUCUAGCCCGGUCGUUUAACCUUCCAUAUCGAACGCUGCUCCGCCGGUUCCACGAACGCGGAAAUUUCGAAGACAAGCGAUCGAGUCAACUCCGAUACAUUAAGCAACUUGACGAUCUAUGGGCACCUUGCACGCUCCAAGAGGUCGAGCGUUGCGCUAAUUCGAUAUUAGCGCGGUCGGGUCAACCUCCGGUAAGCAAGAUGUGGGCAAGUCGGUUCGUACGACGCCUUCCAGAAGGCUUCUUUUGGAUUAAGCAAAAGCCUAUCGAUAAGAACAGACUUGAAUCCGAGGAUAUAUCCCGUUUGAUCACCUGGUUUGAGCACGUUGGAGGUUGGUUGGAAGGGAUUAGUCCGAAGAAUAUAUACAAUUUCGACGAGACGGGGUUCCAAUUAGGUCAAACACGGGCUCAAAAGGUCGUUACGCGCUACCGUUAUAGCUCUGAGAAGCUUGCCUCAACUGAUCGAGGUCAAAUUGUCACCUCAAUUGAGUGUAUUGCCGCGGAUGGGUGGUCAAUGGUCCCAUAUCUGAUCUUUAAAGGUCAGAUAUAUAUGGAAGAUUGGUUCCGCGAUAACCCUGCGCUCGAUCAACGCUAUAAUAUUUAA